GCCAAUCAAAAGGCGUGCAGUUAAUAUCCGUGGGCUUUUCAAAUACCUGUACACAAGUUGACAUCGCAAACACCAAUGUCUGAAAAUGACGUUUUCUUGGGAAUUAGACAAUGUGGACGCCUUGCAAUGUGUCGUAAAACGCGAUCUGAAAUGUUCAGGUAUCCGAAUAUCGAAGAAGAAGGACACACACAGAAAUCACCAAGCACAAGAUAUGCAUGCAUCUCCCUUGUUUGGUAAGGCAUUACAGUCUUAUGAGCUGGUAAGAGAUGAGGACUCAAGAUGUCAUGUGCCCAGGUUCUUAUUGGAGUGUACAAAGUUUCUUGACAGUCAUCUGGACAUGGAAGGCAUAUUCCGUAUCUCAGGUUCCAAAUCCAGACAACGAGAGCUACAGAAAAAACUAGAGAAUGGUUCUUGCAUUCCUGAUGAUGCCAAUGCAGCAGAUGUGUGCAGUCUCUUCAAACAGUUCUUCCACACCCUCCCUGAGCCACUCAUUACACCUAAACUCCAGAGUGCCUUCUACAAGUGCUCACAGAUAGAAGACAUCGCAGAGCAGCGAUGGGUCGUCCUCAACAUCUGCCAUCUCUUGCCAUCACUCAACCUUCAGACCUUGCGCUUCAUCGUCCUCUUCCUAAACCGUGUCGCCUCAAGGUCGGAGAAAAACCGCAUGGACGUAUCCAACCUUGCCAAGGUGUUCACACCUAACUUCUUCGGGACAUUCACAGCCCUUGAUAAGAAGAACCCAGAGAAGAUGAUAGGGUUACAGACAAGUAUGGUUAGUUUGAUGAUUGAGAAUGCUAGGCUAAUUGGUGAGGUCCCUGAAUGGAUGAUAGAGAAGAUUGCAGGUCAUAACCAAUCCAGAGAGUACCUGGAUCGUCUCACAUCAGAGGACGAGCUGGAAAAGAGCGAUGAUAAUCUAGAAGAGUGUGGAAGACUAUCUAGACGACGUAGGAGGAAGAGUGGAACAUCAUUCCAAGUGCUAGUGAAUGGUCUUGGACACAGCUUAGGCAUUCUGAAAACAGGCUCUUCAACGGAGAGCAUCUUAUCUACUGCUACUGAUACGCAUAAUACGGAGUCACCAAAGAUCAUGAAGCGGAAAGCCAGUGAAGAUAUCGGCAGUGCAUUUACUUCCAACAAGAGGAAAGUUUUGCUGCACAAGAUGACAACAGAUCCUCAGUUUAGCAAACCAGGUCUACAUCUCCAUAAGAUUCAUCAUCAAGGAACACCUAAUCAACAUUCUCAUCCAGCCCUGGGCGAAGCAGAUGCUGUCACAGCAGAUGGCGAGACACUCUUCAGGUAUGGUACGCCAUCCAUUGUGUAUGCUGAUGAUUCCUUUGCUGGACACACCCCUGGCAGGCUGGCUGGGAGGGAGAUGUUCUCCAAAGGACAUAACAGGGGCCAGGAAACACCCAAAAGCAAACUCAAAAAAUUUAAGGAACUCAGUGCAAGGAAACUAAAAAGGAGAUCUGUGGCACUCAAUCUAGAUGGAGAGCCAUUCAGUACAAAGUCUCCUAAAGCAAGCAAGACACAAGAAAACAACAAAAAGGAAACCAAAGAUGUUGGUUGGAGACUAGCUAACGCUUCACCACCAGAUGGAGGCCUGGACACCAUGAAGCUCUUUGAACCUCAAGUCCGACCAAGUCCAAGCUUUGACAGUCCCGGCCGGGUUCGUAGACACAUCAAGACUCCUAGCUCUCCAGCCCGACUCCUGACUGGUGCUUCCCCAGCUCUUCGCCGAUCUACAAGGCUCCACACAUCAGAUAGUGAGAAUGAUAUUUGUGGUUCCAUAAAACCUAUAAGAUUCUCAGCUGGGGAUUCACCUAGAGUAGUGAUUGUAGAUACCCAAGCUAAGGCAGUAGCAUCACCAAAGGUUGUGGUGGUUGACAUAACUAUGGUAAGUGAAUCGAACCUUGCUACAGAGUAUGUAAAGAAACAACAGGAGCAUGCCUCCCAGUUGAUUGGUAGUAAGUUGGGGAAGGAGCGAACAAGUCCAUCCAUCCAUAUUCCUGACAGCACUAGGCAGAAGAUCAAAGCAGCUGAGAUAGUUUAUGCAACCGGAAGCUCAGCAGAAGACAAACAUCUCCAGAAGAUCGUAGACCAGAGUGUAAAGCACAGUUCCUCUGAAGAUCGUGUCCCUGCUAAGGAAAUGACACCAUCUAUGAGUCAGAUGAGUCUAUCUAGUGUGCUCUCUGGAAUCAGUGUCGGUAGCCUCAAAUCAGAGUUCAGUCAGUUUGGGUCAGAGGCAUCCGAGAAACAACCUACAACUACCUACAUGGAAACAGACAUCUGUUCUCCAUGUGUGUUUGAAUGCAAAGAUGAUACCAUGGUGGCCAUUGAAGAUCCCUCAAAAGACUGCUCUGACGGUAUGACUCAAAUGGAAACAGAAAACCCCCAAGAUACAACGCUUGUUGCAGGAAAUACACCUGUAGAAGAAACCCAUUUCGAUGGUAGUCAGACGACACAUCCUGGGGAAAAUCAACCAGAAAUAAAAGACAUCCAAAUCUCAAAGGAAACCAUGAGCAACGAGGGGCACUCCCAUGUUAUGUAUAGACCAGACACUGGAAAGUGUACUAUGUCUAAAUCUGAAUCAAUUGAUAGUGGAAAGGGUUGUUCAAUGGAAGACCUCCAUGUUGCCGCUAUAGAUGGGAAGCCAGAAAGACAGCCACCUAAGCUUCCAAGCAAGCAAGACAGCUGGGAUGCCGAUGUAGAGGAUGAAGGUAGUGAAGAGGAAGAAGAGAUGAAGAAAGAAAUAGAUAUCAAGCAUACCAAAGAAUCACACAUAGAACUAAAGGAGAUGCAGGAUCCAAGUGAUACUGGUGACCAACAGGGAACUAUGAACAGAGUGGCUAUCGAGGAAAAUUUUGAAGGAAACAAAGGAGAAGCUGAUGAAUUAAAAACUUACAAUAGCAAUGAAAGAUUUGAUGCAAGUGAUAAGGCUAAGGUUUUAAGCUCUGCAGAUGGCAAGGUUAGCAAAGAUGACAUAUUCAAGGUGCCACACAGUGUUGAUAAUACUGCGAGUGAAAGUGAUAAGCAGAACUUGAUAAAUGCUGCCCUCAAAUCAGAUAUGAAGAAAUUCAGAGGGAGUCAUUCCAAGACCCUACCCAUAAAGGGUGAUCAGAAAGGGAGAAAGAACAAGAACUCGAGCAUCGUCAAAUCUAACAUUCAACUCUUUAACUCAUUUUCUACGAGUGAUCAAAACUUCAAUGUUAGUGCUCUUGGUGGUGUGAGAAAGACAAGAGCAUAUAGCCAAAAGGAAACGCAAUCAGUCACCAAACCUCUGACACCGUUGACUAAAUCAACUAGUAUGGACAGUGGUAUCUCUAAUCUUCAGGCUGCUGGGCAUCCAAUGUCAACAAGAAGCAAAGACGUGGAUGACUCAUUCUUGACAGCUGUUGGGAGUAAAGCAACUCUGAAGGUUCUCAGUUCUUCUAUGGAGAACAUCUCAACACCAAAAGAAGAACAUACUGCUCCAACAUCCAAUCAAAGCCGCCCUAUUCAAAGUUCACAGUCCAUGCUUGACAUCAGUACCCCAGUAACCUCUGUCAACAAGCCACCUAUGAUACGUCAUAUGAGGAAUGUCAGAUCUAUGCAGAAUGUUUCCACACCCGACAACAAAGAGAACCCCUCAACUCCACCAUCCAUCAGAAGAAGGCGUCCCGUCUCCCAGGGCCAAAAGACGGCUUUCCAAGAGAGUGAUUCAUUUUCCAAACUCAAGAGAGAGAAAGCUUUCGAGGUGGAAGAUGAAGCGUCCAGCGUACCUCUUGUCAAACCGCUCAGAGAUAACAACUCACCACAUCUGCCCAGGACCAGGAAACCAGCUCCUUUGGAUCCAAGACUAGCAACACCCCUCACACCUGUCCAGCGUGCGAGACUUUGUACCCCUGGUAGUAGGAAACCAGUCGCUAUCAGACACAGAUCACCUGUCAAACCGGUCAAGAGACUGGUCAAGUCUCCUUCUCCUGCCAGAUCCAAGGGUAGACUAACACCAGACAGGGAUAACAGGACCCCUAAGAGAUACCCUAGAUCCCCAAGGAAUCCUUUAGAGAAUGCAUCACCCCGUGGGAGGAGGCAAAGGAGUGCUGUUCCUGUACAUGUCCAAGAUGAAUGGGAGCUCUAAGACACAAUAGAAGAACAAAUUAUGUCAAUUUGCAUGAUUGUAUGUAAUCUAGAUAUAGCAUAUUUAGCUUCAUGCAUACAUAUUUUUCCAUUAAUCUCAGAAACUAUGAGACUUGUUAUUAGACAAAGUUUCAUUUUUUGAGGGGGCGUGGGGCUUAUUACACAAACUCAUGAAAUUUAACAUAAAAUAGUGUAAGUUCUUGGUAUCAUUUGCAACAAUCUCAUCAGUACCUGUACAUUUGAUUGAAAUAACAUCUCUUGAUGUCUAGUUGCUAGUGAUGUGUGAAAAUAAACCAAUGUAAAAAUUAUGUUAUGAUUGAAUAUAUGGUCAUUGGUGCUUCAACUGCCUUACGCUCUCUGAUAGAUUAACAGUACUAUAAUUUGUGACCUAAAUUGUACAUUGUAUAGAAGACAAAUUUGUAUAUAUCAAUAAUCGAAUUCCAUUCUGUCAUCACUGUAUUAGCAUAUAUAUUUUGAAGAUUUUGUUCAAUCAAAAUGUUUUGAUACUGUAUGUCUUGUAAAUAUUGGUAUACAAAAGUUUGAUGUCAAUCAUAUGCAUCAGUUUCACCUAGGUGUUGAACCACCAUGACAUUUUAUGGAGUGUGUAAGGAUUUGUGGUGGAAUUAAUUACAGUAUGUCAAAUCGUGGUAUAAAUUGCACUUUGUGAGGACAUUGAUGAGGCAGAUUAUGAAUAUGGAAGGUGUGUUGAAACAUUAUCAGGGUUCUUAGCUUUCCAUGUCAACUUUUGGUGGCCAUUCAAUGUAGAUUGUGCAAACUUCUAAUGAAACAUAUUAUACCCAUACUAUGAGGUGAGAAAUUUCAUGUGCCACUUGGACUUCGAGGUAAGCACUUUAAAUGUGAUUUUAUUUGGUCAAUAUCAUCCAGGCAACCUCUUCAUGUGAGCCCUGUCUGACCUAUUUACUUGAUUCUAGAAAUAAAAAUACCUGAAGAAUAGGUGGUCGUAAUUGUUGCAAUAGACCCAAAUUGAGCACUUUAGGCCGUCCCAUAUGAAAUUCCCAAAGAUUGGACUGGGAUUUGAGAGAUUAUUUUCUGUGUGAUUCUAUAUCUUGUUAGUUUGAUGUGAGGUUUUCAUGCACUUUUAGUAUAGAUACUUCCUUACAU